AUGUUUCAUGUACUUAUUUUAUUUUUAUCAUUAGCAACUACUGCUAAUGGUUUAAUUGAUGGUCUAUACUGUGGAAAAGAGAGUUGCUAUGAUUUAUUAAAUGUGACACGCGAUGCGAGUAGACAAGAUAUUGUCAAAGCUUAUCGUCGUUUAGCUAAAAAAUAUCAUCCCGAUAUGGCUAAAAAUACACAAGAUCGUGCAAUAUUUACGGAAAAGUUUCGUUCAUUUGCUAAUGCUUACGAAAUAUUGCGUGAUGAAGAAACUCGUUUGGACUAUGAUAAAAUGUUAGAUAAUCCACAAGAUUAUUAUGGUCAUUAUUAUCGAUAUUAUCGACAUCGUUAUGCUCCUAAAGUCGAUGUACGAAUUGUUAUCGUUUUAUUAAUUAGUGUCAUCAGUGUAAUUCAAUACUAUGGUCAAUAUAGUAAUUAUCAUUCGGCUAUCGAUUAUUUCGUAACUGUGCCCAAAUAUCGAAUACAAGCUCAAGAAAUAGCUAAACAGGAAGGAUUAUUAAGUGAUACAUCGAGAAAUCGUAAACGAGGGAAUAAAACAUUGAAUAAACAAGAAGAAGAAACUAUUUUAAAACAAAUUGUUGAACAAAAACUAGAUAUCAAAGGAGGAUAUAGAAAACCAAGUAAGAAAUACAGUUAUCGAUUAGCACAAGUCUUAUUCAAGUGUAUUAUGAAUUUUGUUUCAAAACGUAUAAAACACAAUUGGAUUUAUUCUCCUGUAGUAAUGAGGGAAGGUCCCCAAGUGUGACCCUCAGUUUCGAAUGGGAUACACACCAGUUUGUAGAGCUUCACGAGUUGAUUACGAUGGCAUAAAGCAUUUUUCCCGAUGCCUUUUGAAGACCCCGUUUUCUGGAAAACCAGUUUUUCAGAAACUAUUAAAAAUAAUCAAAACCUUCCUUAAUGGGGCAUGAUUGUAGCGCGCAAAUUUCUGAUUAAAAUGAGACAUCUUCCAAUUCUACAUGACAUUUCUUUACAAAGUUAUAGAAUUUACAUGAAAAGCCCUAAAUGUUCAUUGUCAGCUCAAAGCUACAGAAAUAAGAAGAAAUUAAUUUAGGGCUUUUCUUGUAAAUUCUAUAAUUUUGCAGAGAGAGAUCGUGUAGAGCUGGGAGAUGUCCCAUUUUAAUCAGAAAUUUGCGCGCUACAAUCAUGCCCCAUUAAGGAAGGUUUUGAUUAUUUUUAAUAGUUUCU